GUUUCCAUCUUUUGCUUUUAUUAAUCGAUCGUCUACUGAUUUCCCUUUUACUGUAACUUUAAACAUUACCUUCGACAAAAUGUACAAAAUUCUGAGUUCACUGUCACUAGCCUGUGAAUUCUCAACACAUUCAACAAGCAACGCAUGACAUAUUAACUUUCGUGUGAUACUUGAUUUUUCCUUCAACAAUAUCCACCCCUAAUCUCUAUAUAAACCUCACUGCAUUAAGCUCGAAAUAACAUAGAAGAUAUAAAGUGCCUGCAGGAUAACUUAACAAAGAUUUAGGAGCUGCACAAAUUAAAGGGUGGGUUUUGAAAUAUGGAGUUGAAGAAGGUUUUCGCAUUUGGUUUGCUUUUUGAGCUCAUAUCUCUGGCUACUGGCCUGGAUCGAAGUGAUUUCCCUUCUUCAUUUCUCUUCGGCACUGCAACUUCAUGCUAUCAGAUUGAAGGUGGAUAUCUAGAAGGCAACAAAAGUCUGAACAAUUGGGACGUCUUUACUCACAUGCCAGGAAAUAUCAAGGAUGGGAGCACUGGAGAUGUUGCUGAUGAUCACUACCACCGAUACAUGGUCCACAUUUUAAUCAUACCAUAUAGACAUAAAUUAUUUAAUCAAGUUCUUGUUACAUGAUAUUAUCUGAGUUUUUGCCCCUUUUUUCCUCAAAGAUUCUGUCAUCUGCCGCCCCCAGAUAUUUUGCUAGGCUAUAAUUGCAGAUCUCAUCAAAUUUUAGAAUUUAGCUGGCUGAAAAAAUC